AUGCGUCGAGUCGUUGCGCCCGUUAGUCUGCGUCUCCCACCAUCCCGUUGUGCUUCGUAUGGCCGCGGCCGCGUCGCCGGUAGUAUCGAUCCGUGGCGUGGCCACGCAGCAGUCUUCAUCCAUCCUUCCUGUGGGGCGGUUGCUCCCGUUACAGAUCUUCUGCUCGAAAUGUCACGCCGAGGUGACUACGAGGCAAAGGUGUACAUUGGUGGACUCCCGCACGACGCCACGUCACAAGAGAUCGAAGAUGCAUUCCACCGCUUUGGCCGAAUUCGGAAAGUGUGGGUUGCUCGCCGUCCUCCUGGUUUUGCGUUUGUGGAAUUUGAAGACACUAGAGAUGCAGAGGAUGCAGUAAAAUCUCUUGACGGAGCGCGGAUCUGUGGAGUGCGAGCUCGUGUUGAAUUGUCACAUGGAAAACGUCGUAAUGGUGCUGGUGGAGGUGGGGGUGGAGGUCGUGGGUAUGGCGGUGGAUAUGGUGGUGGUGGUGGAGGCGGCGGCGGCGGUGGUGGUGGUGGAUACGGAGGAGGAGGCUAUGGGGGCCGCAGAUCAAGGUCACGUUCUCGUAGCCGUUCUCCACCACGGCGUGGGUCCCGAUCUCGUUCCCCGGAUGACAGAAGGAGCAACAGCAGAAGCCGUAGCCGUUCACCGUGA